CGCGGCGGUGGGCGAGUGUCCGUGUGGCCUGGUCCGGGCUAUGUCCGCGUGAGGACGCCGCUGACGCCUGCGUCCAGGCCCCGGCCCGGCCCGGCUCGCCGCUCACCAUGGGCUCCAUUCUGAGCCGCCGCAUCGCGGGCGUGGAGGACAUCGACAUCCAGGCGAACUCGGCCUAUCGCUACCCGCCGAAGUCUGGAAACUACUUUGCCUCACACUUUUUCAUGGGAGGUGAGAAAUUUGACACCCCCCACCCUGAAGGUUACCUCUUUGGAGAAAACAUGGAUCUGAAUUUCCUGGGCAAUCGCCCAGUCCAGUUUCCAUACGUCACCCCUGCCCCCCAUGAGCCAGUGAAGACACUCAGGAGCCUGGUGAACAUCCGGAAGGACUCCCUGCGGCUUGUGAGGUACAAAGAUGGUGCCGACAGCCCUUCAGAGGACAGCGAGAAGCCCCGAGUCCUCUACAGCCUGGAGUUCACCUUUGACGCCGACGCCCGGGUGGCCAUCACCAUCUACUGCCAGGCGGUGGAGGAGUUCCUGAACGGGAUGGCAGUGUACAGCCCCAAGAGCCCCGCCCUGCAGUCCGAGACCGCCCACUACAAGAGAGGGGUGAGCCAGCAGUUCUCCCUGCCCUCCUUCAAGAUCGACUUCUCCGAGUGGAAGGAUGAUGAGUUGAACUUCGACCUGGACCGGGGUGUGUUUCCAGUGGUCAUCCAGGCCGUGGUGGAUGAAGGAGAUGUUGUGGAAGUGACUGGCCAUGCCCAUGUGCUCUUGGCCGCCUUUGAAAAGCAUGUCGACGGCAGCUUCUCUGUGAAACCUUUAAAGCAGAAGCAAAUUGUGGACCGGGUCAGCUACCUGCUGCAGGAGAUCUAUGGCAUCGAGAACAAGAACAACCAGGAGACGAAGCCCUCAGACGAGGAGAACAGUGACAACAGCAACGAGUGUGUGGUGUGCCUGUCAGACCUUCGGGACACGCUCAUCCUGCCGUGCCGGCACCUGUGCCUGUGUAACUCGUGCGCGGACACGCUGCGCUACCAGGCCAGCAACUGCCCCAUCUGCCGGCUGCCCUUCCGGGCCCUUUUGCAGAUCCGGGCGGUGAGGAAGAAGCCGGGAGCCCUGUCCCCUGUCUCCUUCAGCCCUGUUCUGGCCCAGAGCAUGGACCAUGAUGAGCAUUCAUGUCCCUUUAAAAAAUCAAAGGCGCACCCCGCCUCACUGGCCAGCAAGAAACCUAAAAGGGAAACAAGCUCUGACAGCAUCCCACCUGGCUAUGAGCCCAUCUCCUUACUUGAGGCGCUCAACGGCCUUCGGGCCAUCUCCCCGGCCAUCCCUUCAGCCCCCCUUUAUGAAGAGAUCACCUACUCAGGCGUCUCAGAUGGCCUGUCCCAGGCCAGUUGUCCACUUGCGGGGAUGGAUCGAAUCCUGGAAAGCAGCCACCAGAAGGGCAAGCCAAGGAGCAAAUCCCCUGACAGCACCCUGCGAUCUCCGUCGUCCCCCAUCCACGAAGAGGAUGAGGAGAAGCUGUCCCAGGACUCAGACGCCCCUCCCCCGCUGAGUGGGGCGGGGCUGGCGCUCAGCAGCUCCCCCGAGAGCUUUGUCACGGAGGAGGCGGACGAGGCGGUGGCCCUGAAGCAGGGGAGCCGGGUGCCAUCCUUUGAGAAUGUCCUACAGGACGGCAGCCCUGAGGCCUGCAGCCACGGCCAGCCCCGCCUGCCCGCCGAUGUCUACCUGCCAGGAAGACCCGCCUCCAUGGAGACGCCCCACAGCCUCCGUACCGCUGGCCCACCCCGGCCUGACCCUGGGGCCACCGAGCUGACCCCACUUUGAGAGCCUGGCCAGGCUGGCAGCAUGGAGCCCUUAGCUCCCCAGACUUUGCCGGGGGGCCACCAGAUUCUGCGUGACCCCUGGCCUCUCCCGUCUUGCACGCUCUGCGUGGCCGCUGGCUCUGAGGGGCCACACAACCCUUGAUUGAAGAGCACAGUGGACUAUCUCCUCUGACAAAUUCCUUUUUCUACAGUCGAUGUAUUUGUCAAUGGUACAAGAUGAAGGACAACAGCUUUCUAUUCUGGGUUCUGAGGUUUCCCCCAAACGUCCCAUUGGCUCAGUGGCUGGGACUGGGGCCUGACCACCCACAUGCAGCCUGGACCAGCUUCUCCCAGCAUCCUAGCUACUGGGGACUUGACAUCCCAAGAACUCAGCACAAAUUCUCCGAAGAAAAGUGUAUUGGUGGGUGAGGUGGUGUCUUCACAGGAGAUGUCCUAAGGGUCUUGUUGGCCGAGGUGGAAAGGAAGUGGGGUCUGAGUCAUGGUCAAUGAAGGAAACAGUGCCUGUCCCCUCCCCCCUGCGCCUGUGUCCUUGGCAGCCUGGCUGUUGCCCUCUGCUGCUUCUUCCCCUUCCUGCUCCAGUCCUGGGGGGCAAGGCUGCCUCCCAUAGCUACCCCUCCUCACUCAGGCCCACUCAGCCCUUGGGGGCUGGGUCUGACUGAGGGGCCGAGACGGCAGGUAGUGACUGGUGGCCCCUUUUGGCCCCGCGCGCCUUUUCUGAAGUGGCUUUGGUCAUGUGGCAGGUGCCGGCAGGUGAGGGGCUUUCUGCUGGGUUCGUGGGGCUGCUGUCCACUUGCCCCAGGGAGGGAUCUGAGUGGCUUCCCUGCUCCCUCUUGACCACCGAAGCAUCCCUUGGUUUUUCUUUGACUUGUUCUAUCUGGGGUCCCUGUGGUGGACCAGCCUGGGGGAUGCACGUGGCAGAUCCUGUCUGAGGUGACCUUGCCUUUUUUUUUUUUAAAGCAAAACUUUCUCGACGACAAAGGCAAAAAGGGGGCAUCCAGCCCUGGUGUCCUAGGUGACAGCUGCCCCGGGAGGGACCUUCCAGGUGGUUGGGUCUGUGCAGGUCCCUGAGGUGGGAAGACUUUCCUGGUCUGGGGUGAGGGGUGCAGAGUGGCCCGCUUCCUGAGGAGCUGCCCUGGGAAGGAUGGUUCUGGGGCAGCCGGCACUGGUCCACGGAGCCCUGUGGCCCAGCCGGCCUGUGUGUGCAAAGCCCUGGCCCCCACCGCAGCACCUCCCUGUGGCUCGUUCCGCAGUGUGCUCAGGAGAGAAACUAGCAGUAGGGGACUCAUCUCUCCAUUUGAGCCUGUGAGCAGGGUGCUGCCCCAGACACGGCUCUCAGACAUGCUCAGGCCAGCUUCCCCCAGCCUCCAGACUCCCUGGCCCCCCUGCCCUCCCCUGCUGCCCGCCGUGUGCUCAUGCCCGCACAUACCCCGAGAGGUGCAGACACCCGCACACGCAGCCUGGCUGCCUCCCUCCCGCCCUCCCGCUCCUUCCUGCUCCUGACCCGCCAGCCCUGGCCUCUAACCGUUGGUAUUGGUGCCAGUACUCUGUUUGAAGGCCAGGAUGCAGACUGGCCUGUCUUGGACGUAAUGUGCUAUCAUUUGAUGUACUCUGAUUGGCUAGUUUUGGUUCGUUUUUACUGUAUAUUUAUAGUAAUAAAAUCAUGCAGCAAUA